GAAAAAGAAAACAAAAUUUUUGAAUUUUAGCCGAAAUAAAACGUAGACACCGGGCUCUCCACUCCCACACUCUACAUUUUCCAACCUGCCGGCUCAGACACCAGAUUCUUUGUAGUUCUCACCCUUCCUCUUGGAGCUGUUGCACCACCAGGUAUAUCAUCUCGUUGUUCGGUCACCACCUCACCAUUACCGUUGGUCAUAUCUGAAAAAAAAAAGAGACGCUUAAGAGAAGAGAGAGUGUGAGGAAGAGAGAAAGUAGAAACCCUAAGUCUGAAGCGACGUCGACGACUCGACGGACCGACGGCCAUUACAUUUUUCAGUCAGUUUGUUUGGACGUUUUCACUUGACCCAAUUCAAUUGAUACCAUCGGACUAUCGGAGCACUGCACCACCUUCUAAAACCCCCAAAUUUCAAACCCCUAGAAAAAAUGAACACUUCCCUCCUCAGUUCUCUCCACUUCCAAUCUCCAAUUUCCGCAAUCUGAAAAAUUUGACAGACAAACACAAAAUCAACAAUCAAUCCAUAACAAUGGCGGGAUUCACUGGAUUCUCUUUCUCCAACACAUCUUCCGCAUCAUCUUCUCCUUCCCCUUUCUCUUUCUCUCUCUCCUCCUCUUCUUCCGCUUCAUCGGCUCCUUCCUUCGGCUUCGGCGCCACCUCUUCAGCUUCACCUUCACCAUCUCUCUCCUUUGGCGCCGCAUCUUCAGCUUCAUCGGCUCCGUCAUUUGGCUUCGGCGUUGCCUCUUCAACCUCAUCGGCUCCGUCAUUCGGCUUCGGCGCAUCACCAAUAUCAUCGGCUCCUUCUUUUUCUCUCUCCUCCGCUGCUACUUCUUCUUCUUCAACUCCGAAUUUAUUCGGAUCUUCUUCUACUGCUCCUUCCUUAUUCGGAGCAACUACUACUACUGCUGCCGCUACUACUACUGCUCCGUCACCAUUAUUCGGAUCAUCUUCAUCUUCUUCGUCUUCCGCUGCAUUCUCUUUUCUUAAACCCUCAACUCCAACAACAACUACUACAACAACAACAACAACAACACCAGCGUUUUCCUUCACUCCACCUGCUUCUGCAUCACCUGCUGCUACGUCAUCUUUAUUCAAUUUCAACAAUGUCACCUCCUCUGCUACUGCACCCGCUACUGCUGCUGCUUCACCUUCAAAGCCGUUAUUCGGCGCGGCUGCUACUCCUACUGUUACUCCUGCUGCUGCUUCAGCUUCAAAGCCGUUAUUUGGUGCGGCUGCUACUCCUGCUGCUGCUUCAGCUUCAGCUUCAAAGCCGUUAUUUGGUGCGGCUGCUACUCCCACUACUACUGCUUCUGCUGCUGCUGCGUCGUUGUUCUCAACUCCUACCACCUCAACAACCCCGUCUUCUCUGCCUGUUUCUUCUGCCCCUUCCCCUGCUGCUACUGCCGCUGCUGCUGCACCAGCACCGUUUACUGGGUUUUCUCUGAAUUCGUCAACUGUUGCAACUCCAGCAGCUUCGUCUUCACCGGCAGCCGGUGCGUUUUCUGGAUUUGGGGUCUCUACUGGGUCGACUUCUUCUGGAACUACUGCUGCAUUUCCGAGUUUUACUCUUCCUACUACCAAGACUACUACCCCUGCUCAGUCUCAGCAGACUACUCCUACCACUGCCACUACUGCUGCUACUACUGGGACUGUUGCCACUACUACUACUGCCGCUGCUACUGGUCUUCUGGCUUCAACUUCUGCCUCAGCGUCCAUCCCCAGCUCUACAACAACUGCAGCGCAAACAUCUUCAUCUCUUGCUGUAGCCUCAAGUAGUGGAACUACUCCUGCUGUGAGCACUCCAGUAACAUCUGCUCCCACUCCCAAGAUGCCCUCUGAAAUAACUGGAAAAACUGUUGAGGAGAUCAUCAAGGACUGGAACUCUGAAUUGCAAGAUCGUACGAAAAAGUUCCAGAAGCAGGCUAAUGCAAUUGCUGAUUGGGACAAGAGAAUAUUGCAAAAUCGAGAUGUCCUUCUACGACUUGAGACAGAAGUGGCAAAAGUGGUUGAGACCCAAUCCAACCUGGAAAGACAACUGGAGUUAAUAGAGACUCAUCAACAAGAGGUUGAUAAAGCUCUAGAAAGUAUUGAAGAAGAAGCUGAGCGUAUCUACAAGGAUGAACGUGUAUCACUUCUCGAUGAUGAAGCUGCAUCCACUCGAGAUGCAAUGUACGAGCAGGCAGAAUCUUUUGAAAAGGAACUAGAACAUAUGACCGAGCAGAUUAAAUCGAUCAUCCAGUCCCUGAAUGCUAGUCAGGGUGGAGAACUUGAUACAACAGAGGGGAUGGGCCCAUUAGAUGUGGUGGUGCGGAUCUUGAAUAAUCAAUUGAGUUCUCUGAUGUGGAUUGAUGAAAAGGCGGAAGAGUUUUCAGUUCGCAUCCAGAAUCUUGCAAGUCAAGGUUCAGCUGCUGAUCGUGAACUAGUGGCCCCAAGAUUGUGGAGCUGAUUUCUGGAGCCUUCUUAGAUAGGAGCAGUUUACUUUCUCAAGUGUGGUCUUUUGCAAGGGGUUCCCCAAGAGGCCAGUUCAACUCAUCACACAGUACUCUAUCCACCUGAUCAGUUCUGUUAAGCAUUUAAAUUUUCCGUCCGAUUCAAUAGGGAAGGAGGUAAAUAUUGAUGCUAUUGGAGUCCUAGAUUUUGUGCUGAUGUUUUUUUUUUGUUCCUCGCUAACGUAGGUGUACGGUGUACCCAAUGCUAUUUUUACAACAAUUAUUUGCUCAUUUGAAUAGGUUCAAAUGAGUAAACACAGCCUCAAAUGAAAAAAUGGGCAAAAAAAAAAAGUCUCUAACGAGAGUUUGGUUGAUAGGAAAAUGUUUUUCGUUGAAAUUUGAUUUUCCUGUUCUUACUAGUUUGAUUUGUAACGGAUGGAAACUAGUCUUCCCAAAUCCCUAUAGUAAAAUCAUCUUUCUCUGUAAAGUAAAGAAUGACAAAUUUUCUCUGUUUAUUAUCUUCUUGUUUACCUCCUUCCUA